AUGUUAAACAUCGAUCGUUUGGCGAGGCGGUUGCGUCGGGGUCUACGUUAUCGACGGUGGCGGCAGUCUUCUCGAAACCACGGUAAACUUCAAAUCAGUGGACUAGUUGACUCCGCCUGGUUCCUCAAUCAUCCUACUUACGCACAGGCCUAUUCAGGCAGUUGUACCAGCAUCUACGAUUGUCCUCCUGAGGAGGGAAUUCUUCGCGGCAUUGGGCUAUGGCAACCACGAAUUCCUCGUCGCUGUAGGAUGGCACAAGGGAAGAAGAACUUUUGGCAGUGCUACCUGGGCCCCGUAAUCUACUCCCACAUAAGAACUCCCACCUUCAUCAUACAAAGCCUCUUUGAUGAAGCCCAGUUGCAAAUGAGUAGAGCCAUCCUCCUGACCGGUGGUUCCUACAACAAAUUGACGUACAUUCAGAACUUGGGUAAAGCUGUUGCCAAGAGUCUCGACACCGUCCAAGGCGUCUUCGCACCGGCUUGCACAGACCAUGAGAUUCUCACUACUAAUCACUGGGCCCAACUAAUGGUGGAUUCGCAAAGUCUGCAUGACACCCUCAAUGCAUGGGACGCUCAUUUAACUCGAUGGCGUCGCUACCCAGACUGGUAUUUCCAUCUCCAAUCACCCCAAUCCCCCUACCGUGGGGAGACAGGACACUCAAGGUCACCCGAUAGCUCCCCACAAGAGACACAACAAUCGCAUCAGCUCAACUCCUCGAUGAUUUUCCUUUCCAAAUUGGUGGCGGUUUUGAAUCGUCCCAAGACAGACAAAUCAGCAAUGCGAGGAGGUCGAGAGCAUGCAAUCCGGCGAAGUCCUCGUGACCUUCUUCGGAACCAUCCACCCUUUCGCUUCCGCGUUGUUGACAGAUGCGCCUUGGACGUUGGCCCGGAUGAUGAGGUUGUAGUUGUGGGCGGAGGAUUAAGUGCCGCGAUGUCGGGUAGUCUGGCAGCAGCGUGUGCAGGCCGAUCAUACAUGACCCCUCUGUGUAAUCCUUCAUGCCGCGCCCUUACACACCCUCGCACCAUGGAGAGAUUGAGUGUAGUCUCACUCUACGAACUCUACGGUGUGGAUUCAGCCCAACUUGCCGCCAACAUCGGUGUCUCCGUCACCCAACUGAAGGCACUGCCUGUGAAAAUGCAGAUGCAGAUGCUCUUCUGUCGGCCAGUCUAG